GAGAGAUGACAGAGGUGUCAGAUUUGGGAGAGAAGAUUAGAAAUCAUGUCUGCUCAAAGAACAAAGCAAAGCCUUGAUUCACAUCACUCGGUAGUUAACCAAAGUGAAACACCCAGUGUUGACGAGUUCUAUGUAACAGACAAUACUAAUGUACCAAAACCAGAAGGAGAUAAAGAACCAUUAAGUGUAUUGUCUAGUCCUCACAAUUCACAACCUGAAACCCAGCAUCUUACUACAGCAAACAGAAGAAAGCUGGGUUCCAGAAGAAGAAAUAAACAGCAACAGCAUGUAAAGGACUCGGCGACAGAGUUACACCACAAACAUAGACAGGAACUCAAAGAAAGCACCUCUGGCAAUGAAGACCUCGAAAUAACACAAUCUGAGGGGCAGGAAGAGUUAAAUAGUCAAGGGCUGAAUUCUUCUGUAAAACAUGACAGCUCUUUAUGCUCAUCCACCACGUCUGGUUAUUCUUGUGAGGUUCAGGACAUCAGUGGAAAUCAACAAGCAGACAAAGAUGAAAAACCAUCUUACUCUUAUGGGUUAGUGGAAACCAUGCUGGAAGUGACUGGUGCAUCUGCCAUUCUAAAGAGUGAGGAAGUCAAAGAAAAUAUUGCAAGCGGCUCUGACUUGAUUAGUUCUCUCAGUGUGAGAGAAAAUGAAAAGAGAAGAGUGGAAGAUACCGACCUGUCAAGGCAAGAUGGGAAUGUUGAGGGUAACUGUUUGAAGGGUGAGUCACAUGUAGAAUCUGCAGACACAGGGUGUUCCAUGACACCAGAGGUAACCACUGACAAAAACAGCCCCAGACUAUAUACUGAACUUGCAGAUGAUAAUCAAAAUGAGCACCUCUCCCUUCCUUUGGACUCCCAACUUCAGGAUAGCUCUGCCAGUACAAAGGAGCGAACUGACACUGAUUUAAUAUCAGUGAAUAGAAAAAAACUGGGGUCUACUCGUAGAAAUAAAAGGCGACAGCAUGUUAAGGACUCUGCUGCUGAAUCUGAAGAGCAACCAGUUGAAAAUGUUGGAGGUUUUGAUGCCUUUGAAACAGCAAUAUUUCCAUCACUUACAGAGACAGAGGUCAAAUCUGUGGAAACAACACUGGAAAGAAUGAACAGACCUGACACUGAUGAAAUUGAAGGGAAAGAAGUUGCACAUGUUGUUGGUGUCUCUGGGUUAAAUAGUUCAGAUUUCCUACCAACUCCCUCAGUCAGUGAACCAGUGAAAAACCAAUCAGAUGUCAGGGAGAUGCCACAUGAACUUUCCAGUGUGUACUCUGUAACAAACGCAGAAGGUAAAGAAAGAGACGAGGACACAGACUUGUUAAUGCAGUGGGGGAGUUUACAGGCCAGUGAGUUUGUGAAUGAGGCGCAUGUGAAAUCAGACUAUUUAGAGUGUCCUAAACUAGAGACAUCCACAGACAAAGACCACGGAGAACACACAGAACCCAAGUGCUGUGUUCAGUUAGCAAUAGAUUCAUCCCCAAAUGAGGUGUCUACAAAUGAGGAACAAAAUGAGCAUUUCAGCUUAUCUGAAGUCAGAGGGGCUAAGAACUUGAAUGAAGAGGCAGUUGAACCUGCAGAAAUGCAAGAAAUACAUCUGAUUGAUCAUUCCUUUGAGAGUGCGAAUUCUGAAAUCUGUUUCGUAAACCUGACAGACCAAGCUGAAGUCAGUGAGUCAUCCCAAUCUGACUCGAGUGUGAAGGGGGUGGCAGAUUCAGCUACUGAGCAGGAAGUUUCAAAACCUGAUCACAAACAGGAUGAGCACCCUGAGAAACAAAGCAAUGUGGAGGCUUUCAAACAGAAAGAUGAUCAAGUAUAUGAUCCAGAGAAUCCAGAGACCAGUGACAUAGAGAGAUUGGACACUGCAGUAGGUCAGGUAUUUGAAAAUGAACGCCAAUUAGAGGAGGAUAUAAAACCAAGCAAAGAACAAACAAGUCACCAGGAGAAAGAAGGACGCCCUACUGAUGUGACUGAGAGCAAAUCUCCUCUAGAAACCACGGAAUCAGAAACACAUGCACCUUUUGACUCACAACCUCAGGACACUUCUGUGAUAAUGGAUGACCAAAGCAACACUGACUUCAACCCCAUUAGCAACAGAAGAAAAAUGGGGUCUAGACGCAGAAAUAAAAGACAAAAGAGUGUGGAGAGCCCUGGUGUUCAAUCAGAGAUGUCAUUAAUGCCAGAGUCAGAAGUCCAGGUGGGAAUAUCAAUGCAAAUGAUGCUGGAGGGAAUGGACAAAGUGGGCCCAUCUCAGACUGAAGAAGUUUGUGAUGGCAAUAAUGAAAGUGCACAAAGUAGCAACUCCGGGUUAACUAGUGUUAAUGUACAUUCAAGUCCGUCAGUUGAGAUACAGGUAACUGAACAACCGAAUUCCCCUGCUAGUACUUACUGUGCUGAAACAGAUACAGAAAGUAAAGAAAAGGAUGAGGACACAGACUUGUUAACACGGUGGGGAAUUUUACAGCCACUCAACUCGGUGAAUGACACACAUAUAAAACCAAACAGUGUAGAGUCCUCUGGCAAACCAGAGAUAACCACAGAGAAAAGUGAAUACAGAGGACAUACAGAGCCUAAAUAUGGAGACGAGCAAGCAGCAGUUUCAUCACCAAAAGAGGAGAUGUCUACAAUGGAGGGUCAAAGUGAAUAUUUCAGCUCAUUUGAGGAAAGAGAAGCUCGACGCUCAGAGGAUGCUGCGGAGGAAGUGCAUGAAGAGGAAGUAAAGCCAAUACACAUGCAAACAAUGCAUCACAUCGAUAACUCCCCAGUUGAGGAAACAAAACCCUGUUUGCAAACUCUGGAAUCAGAAACCAA